GCCGUUUAGCUGCGUGUGCUGCUGCACAGCUGUAACCUUUUAUCAGUUUGUUAUUGAUCUGUAAGUGGUGUCACUGCAGUGUUUGUGAGUAAAAACGUGCAUGAGAAGUUGUUUUAAGGAAAGACGCUCUAACAUUUGCAGUUCAGAUCCUCCUGGAUGUUGAGCGUGCGGGCUCUGUUUGGGAUCGGCUUCCUGGUGACCUCAAGGGCCACAGCAGUCCUCGCUCAGAGAGGGACAUGCCCGCUGUCCGCUGCAGCUAACAACCACAGGAAGGACUGUUAUAGCAGCAGAGCAGCGUCCACCAUGGCCCAGACCAUCAAAUAUCUCGGGCAGGAGGAGGCGCAGCACAUCGACGAGGAGCUCUUCAGUGAGUACGGCUUCAGUGUGGACCAGCUGAUGGAGCUGGCGGGACUCAGCUGUGCCACAGCCGUCACCAGGGCGUAUCCGCUCACUUCUCUGGUGAAGGACAAGCCGUCUCUGCUGGUGAUUUGUGGACCGGGAAACAACGGAGGCGACGGCCUGGUCUGCGCCCGACAUCUCAAACUCUUUGGUUACGAGCCCUCCAUCCUGUACCCGAAGAGGCCGAACAAGCCUCUGUACCAGGGCCUGACCACACAGUGCCAGAAAAUGGAGAUCCCCUUCCUGACCGAGAUGCCUGAGGCCGCUGUGAUUGAUGAGGCGUACAACGUGGUGAUAGACGCCAUCUUCGGCUUCAGCUUUAAGGGCGCUGUGCGAGAGCCUUUUGGUUCCAUCCUGGACGUGCUGAAGAAGACGACCGCCCCCAUAGCCAGCAUCGACAUCCCCUCAGGUUGGGAUGUGGAGCAGGGCAGCGCAGACGGACUUCAGCCCGACAUGCUCAUCUCUCUCACUGCUCCGAAGAAGUCUGCCUCCCUGUUCGGAGGACGAUACCACUUCCUGGGAGGCCGCUUUGUGCCACCGGGCCUGGAGAGGAAGUACCAGCUCAACCUGCCUCAGUAUCCCGGCACGGACUGCGUGUUACAGCUGUAGUGGGAUGCACUGAAGGGUUAAUGACAGGAAUGGUGUCACCUUUGAAGGAAUAGUUCAACAUUUUGGGAAAUAAUUCUCAGUCAUAUUUUGAAAGUUGGAAAUAGUUGAGAAAAAUGUCGCUUUCUUGUCUGUACCGUAAUUACAGAACUGGAGUCUGGAGGUAGCUUAGCUCAGGAUAAAGGCUGGAAACACGUGGAAACAGCUCGCCUGGCUCUGCCUGAAGUUGGCAGGUAUGUCUACAAGCACUUCUAAAGUUAACAAAUUUAAGUGGAAAUAGGCAAGUUUUUUUGCUUUGAUUGUGAAGAAAAUGUUGAGUCCACGAUGUAAUGUGUUUAGAACAGUGACAUUAUUAGCAUUUAAACUGGUUCCCUGUUAGCCUCGCUUCCACCAAACAGGUCUGCCACAGCGUGCGAUCUUUGGAAAAUGAGGGCUUGAUUAAGAGCACAAAGGAUGUAAUUCAACCAUUAGGCUGAAUUAGCUGUGGUUUACUUUUUGACUGCUUAGAGCAAAGUUAAAAACCACCUGCUUCUGUAAGAUUUGAGUCGGGUACCAAUGCAGUCUCUAGUUCUUUGCAGUUACUAUCCUCAGUAGUAAAAAUGGCAGAUGGUGGAAAAACCAAAUUAACUGUGAAAAACAAAAUGCCAUCUUCGUGACAGCGGCACCAACAAUAAAAUCACUUGCAAACAGCAGUGGGAGAGAAGCUGUCGGUUUCCACUUUCACACCUCUUUUGUCUCAACUACUCACAAACAGAAAUGUAAAAAUUUGUAGUUGCACAGGGAGUUAUGUGCUGUUACAACUUUCAUGUCCCAAUUCUGGCUCUGUCUUUAACACACAGACAUGAGAGUGGUAUCAGUCUCCACAGCUAACCUUUCAGAAAGACAAAUCCAGUAUGAUUAUUUCCCGAAAUGUCGAAUUGUCCCUUUAAAUAUGGGAACGUACCUAUUGAUUGGAUGGUGCUGGCUGUAAAUCCAAUAAGGUGUUAUUAUUAAUUAUUAGCUCUCUGGAAAAUUUGUUUUCAUGUGAAAGCACGUGGUGAUUGCUUCAACUACAUGAAGAUAAAAAAUAAAAAAAGAGAUUGUUAA